AUGAACAACCUUUUGACGGAUUCUUUUGAAAUGGACGCGAAGCCCCCAAAGGAGAGGGACAUCGAGAUGGGGCGCCAGAACUCCAAGGACAAAUCAGAUUAUGGACUCGAAGACUUCUUCAAAGAGGUCAAAGAGAUCGAGAUGCUGCUGGACAAGAUGUCUAAUAUAGUUCAGAAACUUCAGGAAGCCAACGAGGAGUCAAAAUCAGCCACUAAGGCCUCUGCAAUGAAAGCAAUCAAGGGACGCAUGGAGAAAGACAUCGAUGAAGUGGGGAAGAUCGCACGAAGCAUAAAAGUGAAGCUAGAGCAAAUGGACAGAAAUAAUCUUGCUAACAGGAAGAAGCCAGGUUGUGGGAAGGGCACAAGUGUAGAUCGAUCGAGGAUGUCGAUGACCAUUGCACUGAAGAAGAGGCUUAAAGAAAGAAUGAACGAUUUCCAGAAUUUGAGGCAAACUAUCCAGCAAGAGUAUCGAGAAGUCGUUGAGAGAAGGUUCUUCACAGUCACUGGAACAAAGCCUUCUGAUGAGGUGAUUGAUAACCUCAUUGAGACCGGAAGCAGCGAGCAGAUCUUUGAGAAGGCUAUUCAAGGAAUCGGCCGAGGGCAGAUUAUGGCCACGGUUGAAGAAAUUCAGGAACGGCAUGAUGUAGUGGUGGAUAUUGAAAAAAAGCUUCUAGAAUUGCAACAGAUUUUUGCAGACAUGGCAGCGCUUGUCGAUGCACAAGGAGAGAUAUUGGAUAACAUAGAGAGCCAGGUUCAGAAUGCUGUAAACCACGUGCAAACUGGGACCGAAGCGUUGCGCAGCGCCAAGAGCCUGCAGAAGAAGUCAAGGAAGUGCAUGAUGAUCGCAAUUAUCAUGCUUCUCAUCAUCGCGGUGAUUAUCGUGCUUUCAGUUCUAAAGCCUUGGGCUAAGUAG